AUGGCUCCUCUCCUUAAUUUCUUCCACAGUAUACUCAUACCCAUAACUCUCUUCUCUCUCCUCCUCGUCUUCCUCCCAUCCGCAUCAGCCCUCGACAAAACUUACAUUGUCCACGUGAAGAAGAUGAAUCCUAGCUCGGCCGGCAUUGCCGAAACUGAGGACAUGAUCAGGAGUUACCAUAGGGCAUUUCUUCCCCUGGGAGCCAAAGACGCACUGGUCCACUCAUACAAGCAUGUAAUCAGUGGCUUCUCGGCAAGACUAACACCCGAACAAGCCGAACUCAUAAAAGACAAAGAAGGCUUUAUUUCGAUCCUCCCAGACAGUACAUCCCAGCCGCUGACGACCCGUUCCCCAGGAUUCCUCGGGCUAAACCAGUGGAGUGGAGCCUGGCCGCGGACGGAGCUUGGCAAGGGAGUCAUCGUUGGGUUUAUCGACGGUGGGAUAACCCCGGGCCACCCUUCGUUCAACGACUCCGGCAUUCCGCCUCCGCCUGCCAGUUGGAAGGGGCAGUGCGACCUGGCUGACAAGUUGGGGUGCAACAACAAAGUCAUAGGCGCACGGGCAUUCCAAGAGGGCAACGCCUCCCCCUUACCGGUUGACGGGUACGGGCACGGGACCCACACAGCCAGUGUAGCCGUCGGAACGUUCGUUCCCGGCGUCAGCAUCCAAGGAAAUGCCGCCGGGACUGCGUCUGGGGUAGCCCCACGCGCUCACCUCGCGGCAUACAAAGUCUGCUUUGCUGGGUACUGCCAAAAAAGCGACACUCUAGCCGGUAUUGAUGCCGCCAUCGAGGAUGGGGUAGACGUGUUGUCCAUAUCCUUGGGCGAUGUGUCUAACCCAUUUUACGAAAAUGUUAUAGCGAUAGGCGGUUUUGCAGCGGCCAAGAAGGGAAUCCUCGUAAGCGUGGCGGGGGGGAACGACGGUCCUUCCGCCUCGACAGUGAUCAACGACGCACCCUGGCUUCUCACCGUCGGGCUAAGCACCAUUGACCGAAGAAUUCGGGCCACGGCAAAGCUGGGAAAUGGAUUGGCAUUCGAUGGGGAGUCUGUGUUGCAGCCCAGAAACUUCUCUUCUGAAAACUUAUGGCCGCUCGUCUACCACAACAGCUCCGGGAAACAAGAGUGCUACAAGGGGUCACUGGCGCGGUUCAAUGUCACAAAUAAGAUUGUGUUGUGCGACGGAGGUAGACACAUCAGCCCGAAGGAUCAAGCCAAGGAAGUUAAGGAUGCUGGUGGUGCCGCCAUGAUACUGGCCAAUGACGAAACUGCCGGGUUUAGCCACAAUUCUUAUCUCAUCAACUUCCCAUCCACGACGGUAUCCUUUAGGGCGGGCCUUGAAAUCAAGGCCUACAUAAAGUCUACGUCCUCCCCAAUGGCAACAAUCUCGUUCGAGGGUACGGAGCUUGGUGACCUAAUUUCUCCCACCGUCUCUUAUUUCUCAUCCAGGGGGCCCAGCAGGCAAGCUCCUGAGGUUUUGAAACCGGACAUCAUUGCGCCGGGCGAAAACAUUCUGGCCGGGUCGAACCCUUCGAGCUCGUAUAGUUUGGGGAUGACAUUCACAAUCGUGUCAGGCACAUCGAUGUCGUGUUCUCACCUUAGUGGGGUUGCAGCUCUGAUCAAGAGCGCACACCCCAAAUGGUCGGCAGCAGCCGUGAAAUCUGCUAUCAUGACCACCGCAGACCUCGUCAAUGCGCACGACAUACCGAUUCUCGACGAGAAACUUACUCCAGCCGAUAUCUACGCUGUGGGGGCCGGCCACGUCAACCCGAAUAGAGCAAUGGAUCCCGGUCUGGUAUACGACAUUGAAAUUGAGGAAUACGUCCCUUUUUUGUGUGGCUUGGGAUACACAGAGGACCAGGUCAAGAUGAUCACGCAGGAGCCGGUCAAUUGCUCGUUGAGAAUCCCUCAGGGGCAACUGAACUACCCCACAUUCUCGGUUUUGCUCGACUCGCCCAAGAAUUUCUCCCGAACCCUCACCAACGUGGGCGAUCCCGUCUCUUGUUACUCCGUGAGCAUAGUCGAGCCCCAGGGUGUGAAUGUUAAUGUGAGGCCAUCGAAGAUUUGUUUCACGAGCUUGAAGCAGAAAGCGACGUACUACGUGACCUUUCACCGCAACAACAACAUGACCAGUUGGGGGAAUAAUGCAUCUGUUGCGAAAGGCUUCUUGCUCUGGGAUUCAGGAAAGCACAUUGUUAGGAGUGUUAUAGCAGUCACCUUCACUGGACAAUUUUAG